GCAGUACAUGCAGCAAUGGAAAGCGAACGGCUAGUGCAGCAGAACUCGGGCGAUAACGUUGCCAGUUUAUUAAGGAGGAUGAAAUUGUUCAGUAGAAAAGAGGCGUUCGAGUCUCCCAAACUUCGGCAGUUAUACGCUCAAUAUAUGUGGCCAACAAGAAGACGAGCCCUAAUUAUUCUUCUAAUUGUUUUAAUGAUACCGAGCGCCUUAAUCGCCUCGUUGACCGUCGUUUAUACGAAACAAGCAACAGUCACCGACGUCUUCCAUUUGGCGUCUUGCGUCCUCUCUGUGUGUCUCAUUGUAGCUCUAUCUAGAGCCUCACCCUCUCAAAUCGCUUGUCUAAGCUAUGCAUGUUUGGCAUUAGUCGUCGCUUGGGUGGUGAUUUCACUUCCGGUGAGUUGGUCUUCGGACCACAGACGUCGAAUGACAACAGCCGAUGGGGUCUGGCAAUGCGUUAUAGCCUUGUUACUCAUCUACACUUUAGUACCCGCUUCAGGACUUGUCGGGAUUUCUUUGGGUAUCGUUCUUCCGGUUACCCACACCCUAACAGCUGUUCUAUCCGCUUCAUCGCUUCAUUUAUGGCGAGAGCUAGUAGCAAAUUGCAUCCUAUUUAUAAGCGCCAAUGUUGUCGGCGUUGUCGUCCAUUCGAGAACUGAACAUUCUCGGAGAAAGGCCUUUAAAGGUAUGCGUGACUGUAUAGAGAUGCGUUUGGAUAUGAAAGAAGAAAACGAACGCCUGGAAAAACUAUUAUCUUCCGUUUUACCUAAUCAUAUAGCGAUGGAGGUGAAGAAAGAUGUUUUAUCACCUCGUCAGGGAAUGUUUCAUAAAGUAUACAUACAAUUACAUGAGGAAGUUAGUAUUUUAUUCGCCGACAUAGUCGGUUUUACCGCACUUGCGGGUCAAUGUUCAGCCGGAGAACUGGUCAAGAUUCUCAAUGAACUCUUUAGCCGUUUCGACCAGCUGGCAAAAGAAAAUCACUGCCAUCGUAUAAAGAUACUCGGCGAUUGUUAUUACUGCGUUAGCGGUCUAAUCGAACCACGUCCGGAUCACGCUCGAUGCGCUGUUACGAUGGGUUUAGACAUGAUCGACGCUAUAUCGGCUGUUAGAGAUGCCUUGGAAAUAGACUUAGAUAUGAGAGUUGGUAUUCACACGGGUAGAGUAUUAUCUGGUGUGUUAGGACUAAGAAAAUGGCAAUAUGAUGUCUGGAGUGACGACGUAACUAUAGCUAAUCGGAUGGAAUCGACUGGUUCCCCUGGUCGGGUACACAUCUCUUCAGCAACAUUAGAACAUUUGCAUGACGAAUAUUGCGUGGAGCCUUCAUUAGCUUAUCAGCACGAUAAAUUGUUAAUGUCUAAGGGUGUUGUGACCUACUUUAUAGUUCCGUCCCGUUUGGAUGAACGCAAGGCGGAUCCGACGUUUUUUAGCAAGACAAACAGACGCCAGAGGCGUCUGUCUUUUAAAUCAGUUAGCUCCUGUAUUGUUCAAUUGUUAUCAGCAAUUAAAUUAAACGCUGAAACUCCUUUGUCGGACGUAUUUGAAGUGGCUGGUAAACGUCUUAGAACAAAUCGAGGACGAAAUUCUAGACAAAGUAAGGCUUUCGACAAGAUUGACGAGGAACUUAAGCAAACACUCGCUUCGACCACCAACGAUUUCUACGGUGAAAAGAUGAAGCAGACUUUUCCUUUCAUACUUAUCUUUCAGGAUCAUGAUCUAGAGAAAAGAUUUCAAGCUGAACAGGCCGACUGGUUCGGAAGUGGAAUGGUUUGUUCACUGCUCAUACUCAUUUGUUGUGCUUGUCUUCAAGCUCUUGUACUGCCAAGAACUAUAAUUUUACUUGUUAUAUUUUUAAUUUCCUUCUCGUGGACAACGGUUGUUCUUAUACUGUACCUAGCUGGUCAAAUUCAAUGCCUUACAUGCGGUAUGUCUAGAGUAUGGGUUGUUCGAAUGAUGAUUGCAAUUUUUAGUCUACUCCUUAUCGACUUAUUAAACCAAGUGAAUGUCCUAUGCUGUGCCGAAGGCAAUCACGGUUCGAUUUCUGCCGAGUUCGCUUCUCUCAGUUCGGAUCAAAGCCACUUAAGUUGUUUUAUACCGACUUACGCAACGUUAUCUGCCAUUUUAGGCUUUCUAGCCUUUUGUGUCUUUGUACAAAUACCAGCCUACAUCCGUCUUAUUAUUUUAGCCAUCAAAUCCUGUGGUUUCGUACUCUUUCAUCAAUACACUCAUGCCGCCCUCUAUCGUCAGUUUGACGAGCGUAUGCAACCCGAAAUUCCAUCCAAAAUUUUCAACACAAUCAUACUCCUGCAUACUGUUCUGGUCUUUUACUUGAUUGCACGCCAGCAAGAAUCGACUCACCGAAUUGAUUUCUUAUGGAAACGCCAAGCUGACGGCGAAACGCAAGAAAUGGCCGCAUUAAGGGCGAUUAAUAGGAAAAUUCUUUGUAAUCUCUUACCGGCUCAUGUCGCCGACGAUUUUUUACGCUAUCAACCUUACUCUCAUUGCAGUUUAUACAGUCAAGACUACGCAUGCGUUGGUGUAAUGUUCGCAUCUAUACCUAAUUUUAGCGAUUUUUAUACGGAACUAGAUGCCAAUAAUCAGGGAUUGGAAUGUAUGAGGGUAUUAAACGAAAUAAUAGCCGAUUUUGAUGAGCUCAUUGAGGAAAAAGAAUUCCAAAAUGUGACCAAAAUCAAAACAAUAGGAAGUACGUAUAUGGCAGCAGCAGGUCUGUUGUCCCAUCCCGAUAUGGAGGCAACCCCUGGAGCUAUAGAAUGUCUCCUCUCAAUACUAGAUAUCUCCUUGGCUUUUCGCGAUAAACUUCACCAAUUUAAUGAGAACUCUUAUAACAACUUCUCACUCAAAAUUGGUAUCAAUGUUGGACCAGUUAUCGCCGGUGUAAUUGGAGCUAGGAAACCUCAAUACGAUAUAUGGGGUAAUACAGUCAAUGUUGCCAGUAGGAUGGAAAGCACUGGAGUGCCUGGUUAUACUCAAGUUACUCAGGAUGUUGUUACACUAACUCAGCACCGAUUUAAGUUUCGCUGCAGAGGACCAGUUCGUGUUAAAGGAAAAGGAACUAUGAUUACACACUUUCUACUCUCGAAGCGUUCUACAAGUUCCGCUGAGAAUACACCUACUAGUCCUCUAUCAUUGUUAGCUGCCUCGUCUGUACCAAACUACUCGACAAAUCUUUUGUCGCCUAAUGAUGCUGCCCUCUCCUCUUCUGUACCAAAUAGGAUUAAUCCAUACGAAGGGGUCGAACCUCUUCUUUCACCGAGAUUCAACAAUAAGAAAAGGAAGAAUCUCACUUUGCCUAAUACCUCUGCUAUUCGAAAUCUUUCACAAUCACCUGAUCUUCCUACUGUUCACUAUAGAAAUGCUGCCGCGUCCACAUUAAGAAGUAUUUCUGAGGAUGAUGAAAGUAAAAACAAUCGCAAAAAAGAGAUGCAUGUAAGUGCAUCAGAUCCGACGGAUCUGGGACUUCAACAACGAUUACGCGGUUGGAUGAACGUAAAGCCAAAAUUAAGUAAUCCGGAAGCAGAAAAUGCUAGGAUUAAAAACGUUCCAGUCGCCUCAAUUGCCCCCCACUAUGAAAACGUUUCGGACGUUCGUAGUGUCUCCUCAGACGAAGCAUCUCGCCAACCUUUUCGAUAUAGGUAUCCUAUUUUCCCUCGUUUCCCUCAUACACAGUCGCCUACUCGUCGUCAAGUGGCGCAUGUUUCACCAGUUGUUGUAAGAAAUCCUGCCUUCCAGCGACAGUAUUCACUACCAGAAAAAAGUAUCUUGAGUAAUAUCGACGCUUCUUCCUCAUCCUCUCAUAGCCAAGAUAAUAUACAUGUUUUCAAAAACUUUUCUCCUUCGUCUCCUCCACCACCUCCCCCUCCCUCUGUUCCUCUGUCACCAUCGCCAAGAGCUACGCCAAGUUCAAACACACCAUCAGAUACAGCUUCAAGUGUCGUUCACGUACCUCAAGCUGUUCCUUCUCCUACUCGUCCCGCAGCACCACCCUUUCAGGUUAAAAGACGAUUAAAAGUUCCUCAAACCCAGCGUCUCUGCCGAAGCCUGGACUACAUCCCUUCUGACGGAGAAGACGGCAAUUCUCGAGCUUCGUCUGUAAGGAAUUCAGUCGACGUCGACCAACUGAGAAUCGCUCGGAAGCUGGCAGACGACGCUCGAAGCUUAUCUAGCUUCAAUAGUGAAAUAUCGCGCUCUGAUCCAAGUGGAGUACACUCCUGCGAUUACGAAAGUGAAUACGACAAUUACAGACCUGGAAUGGCGUCUGACGAAGAUUACUUUCAUCUCGACCCUAUUUCGGAUAUAGAUCUCGACCUGUAUGAUGACGUCAAUUUAGAUGACGUCACCGUCAGCGAUUCUUUUAGUAUUGAUUUCCCUGGAAAACUGAAUAAAAAAAUUACUGAAGUAUAG